UUCAACUGAAAUUUUGUUUUUCUAACAACGAACGCGGACAAAAAAAAUAAAAAGUGUUUGCAAGAAAAAUAAGUGAUAAAUAAAAUCAUUACAAAUUCGGAAAUUUAUACUUGGAAAAAAGAAUACAAAGUAUAAUUAUUUAAAAAAAACUUCACAUUUAAAAUUAUUUAUUCAAAUAAAAUAUAAAUAGUUAAAAGAAAAUAUUGCAUUCCUUUAAAAAAAAAAGAAAAUGUCGCAAUACGAUGAUGAAAAACAAGCCAUGCAAUUGCUAACCCAAAAAUAUGUGGAUAAAUUAACCGGCAUUUGGGAACAAAUAUUUCAUCCUGAUACAUGCAGGGAAAAUCUACGCAAGCUUGUAGAUCAUGCCACCUAUUUCUAUGGUGAAUUGGUGGACGAAUCGUUGUCACGUAAAACAUUUAUAGAGAACGAAAUCAAUGAUUUGAAAAAAGAGGCGGAAAAUUUAAAACGGUUGCUAAAGACCGACGUACAAUUGCCCUGUUACGAAAGCAAUGAAGUGCCUUUACUAAUAGUGCAAUCGGAACUGGACAAAAGUCUAGAGGACCUCAGAGAACAGUUGCGACUGCGCAAAGAACAAAUCUGUGAGCUGUUGUUAGAACAAGAUGCUUUAUGUGAGGAACUGGGAGAGCCCCCACGUGCUUUAUUGGCCGAUCCUUUGCCGACAGCUGAAGAAAUCGAAAAUUUCCGCACACACUUGGAGUCCCUAAGAGAUGAACGAGUAGAACGCAUGAACAAAGUGUCCACUAUGAGAAGAGAAAUUAAAAAUUUCCUACAAAUUUUGGACUUGAAGGUAAAUACCGAACAUGAGGAUGGCCUACUGAAUCAUCGACAAAUUAAAAUGAAUAAGGAAACAUUUGAAGGACUCAAACGUAUGCAUGAUUUGUAUGGUUCCCAAGUGAAAGAGUUACGUGACACCAUACAGGGCAUGCGCAACAAAUUGGACACUUUGUGGGAUCGUUUAAAAACUUCACCCAAUACGCGCCAUAAGUUUAAUCGCUAUAAUGAUUUCAAUCAACACACCUAUGAAUUAUUCUACGACGAAUUACAGCGCUGCGAAACUUUAAAAAGCCAAAAUAUUAAACUAUUUGUGCAGCAGAUACGCGAUGAAAUAUCAAAAUGGUGGGAAAAGACCUUAAAAUCAGAAGUACAAAAAAGCCGUUUUUCAAAUUUCACCUCCACGUGUUACACGGAUGAUUUAUUGGUGUUGCACGAAAUGGAAUUGGAGGAUCUGAAGUUGUACUAUGAGACCAACAAGCAAAUAUUUGACUUAUAUGCUGACCGCAAUAUUUUAUGGGAUCGUAUGAAUGCUUUAGAAAGUAAAGCCUCAGAACCGGGUCGAUAUAACAAUAGAGGAGGCCAGCUGUUGAAAGAGGAAAAGGAACGGAAAACCAUAGCUACCAAGUUGCCAAAAAUUGAACAACAAAUCUGUGAGCUGGUAAGGCAAUACGAAGAAAUAGAACAUGCUCCCUUUUUGGUGUUUGGCGAAAAUAUAAUCGAUGUUAUGGCGGCGCAAUGGGAUCAAAAACGCCGUGAUAAAGAAAUGUUGCAGUCGGCUAGAAAAAAUGCGGGUAAACAGAAAUCAGCGACCAAAACAAACUCCACUAUGAGAACGCCUUUGUCGAUGAAAAAUGCAUCCUCAGUAAGUUCUCUAAGAAAAACUCCCUCCACUAGUUCUCUGGCCUCUAAUGCGGCAGCAUCUUCCCAAAAACGCAAACUAAAUCCCACAGACCGUAACACACCCAUGGCCAAGCGUUCUCUAAUGAAUGCCCUGAAUAGUCCCAGUGUUUUUUUAAAACCAUCCACAAGUAAAAAUAAUAUACAACAUACUACCAGCUCAGCCUACUCUAGCAGUAAAUCUAACAAACUCAAUAAGUCGGGAUCAAGUUUUAAAUCGCCUAUGAAAAAAAGUAAACUUAUAGCCACCACCAUACGUCGGCGCAGUGGAAGACAUAGUGGCAAUUUGAAAAAACGUCGUUCCAUGAGUAAGACUCCCUCUUCGGCCAAGCCUUUACCUAAAAUUGUUAUAAACAGCUGCCAGUCGGAUGGCUAUAGUACAGAUUAUAAUGCCGACGAUACUUAUGAAUCGUUUCAAAAGAGCAUAGAACCUGCCUCACGUUCAUCACUCAUACAAAAUGUUACUCUCAGCAGUGAUUCUUCGCGCACAAAGCGCAUGCAAAGAAUUGUAGACGAUGAAAAUACCAGAUUGGCCAAACUACCCAGACCUAGAAUUGUAAAUCGCACUCCGUCCAAACAACACGCCAGCUUCUCGAAUCUUCAACGCACUCCCACCCAUAACAAUCAUCAUUCGCCAGCCUCUUGCGCCACUACUGGACGUAAAUUGACCACGAAAAACUUGCCCAUUAUUAUUUAAUUAUUAUUAUUUUUAUGAUUUAAUUUUUAUAUAUAUAUAGAUAUUUAAAAUAUGUGUUUAUUGGUGUUAGGCUUUGCUAGUGUUUUUCUUUUAUUUUAAUUGUAAUUUUGUUUUGAUACUUAUUUUGGAUGCUUUCAUUAAGAAAAUGGUUACAUUUUCGAAAUUAGCAUUAAA